GAGCAGAGCAACAAGUGUGUCCUAUUUAGCCCAGUGUAAGGAACUUGGCUCCUAAUAUAACAAGCAACCGAGAAGCCCUACAUUUUUCGCUGAUCUAGUGCGGAGCCUAUGUGAAGUUGCAGUUGCAAGGCGUGGCACCGAGCGUUUCUUUUUUCGUGUUGUGCCAGGAAAAAUGCCGAAUGGCGACAGAGCACGAGGUCGGCCAAAGCAUCGCAAUAGGAGCAGGCCACGAGCUCGUCCGUGCACGCCGGAGAAUCUUCUAGAGAAUCACCUGCAAAAGCUGUUGGAGGAGCAGGAGCUACUGCACAACCUGUUGGUCAGCCAUCGUCCUGGCAUAAAGCCGCAGCUGGAAGACCUGGGCGGCGAAAGCAACUAUGAGUUCGACCUCCAGGAUGAGGAUGGCGUCGAUGAGCAUUUGCCGAGCUUUAAGAAGAAGUCGUUGGAGGAGGAGCAACAUUCCGUAAUUCUGGCCGAGGAUGUGGAGUCAUCGAGUCCUGCGAACUUGGAAGAUCUGCCAAAAAUGCCACUACGAACUUAUCCAAUUCUGGCCGAGGAUGUGGAGCCAUCGAGUCCUGCGAACUUGGAGGAUCAGCCAACAACUGCAUUACGAACGUAUCCAAUUCUGACCGAGGAUGUGGAGCCAUCAAGUCCGCCGAACUAUGAAGGUCUUCCGAGAAUUCCAUCACGAACGUAUCCAAUUCUGGCCGAGGAUGUGGAGUCAUCGAGUCCGCCGAACUAUGAAGAUCUUCCCACAAUUUCCUCACGAACGUAUCCAUAUCGCAGGAACCACAGCUCGAUCCCGCUGCCCAUCGCGGUGGGCAACUGCACACCACCCAAGGUCAUAGGUCAGGGCUUCGAUACGCCCUUUCUCUACCCCGAGUUUGUGUCCAAGAACGAGAGAAGUCGCGUAAAGUACAUCUUCAGUUUGGUGGAUAGUCUGGUGUUGCAAGUGGAGCGAUCACUUAAGCUGGGCGAGCAUUCGAUGGCCGAAGGAGCCGUGGAAAAGGCUGCCACAGGAGCUGUGCCCAAGGCCAGGCCCAAACAGGAACUGCAAAUAGAUCGAGUGGGCCCUGCCAAGUACACGAUUACUGUCAACUCUCGGAGUUUCAAGGAGCCCAAGCCACACAAUCCGUCCAAAAACCAGCGCUUGGCCAGAAGUAAGGUGCAUUCGCAUAGUAAAUUGCCGGAAACACUCGACUUCGAUUGUGAGUUCGGAAUGGAGUACAUUGAAAAGUUUCGCGCCAACAAGGUGCGAGAUGAAAGUAGAGCCGAGCCCGUAUCAGAAACACACGGUGAUGGUGCGGAUACCAAAGGAAAGGAAGUGCCCCAGAUCGACGAAGAAUUUAAAGACAGCGAAGUAACCGAAGUACCGCAUACAAGCGAACUCCAACUUCUGGAAAUUGCGAUGGCCGAGGCAUACAAGCGAAGACAUAGGAGGAACCGCCACAGCCUCACCUCUCGACCAAGUACGCCCAUCACCAGACCGACCACGCCCAUCAAUGACGACGUGCCCAGUACGUCGGCGGAGGCCAGGUUCUAUCAGCAAUUCACAGGGCAAUCGGAAUCCGAGAAAAGCGAAUCCAGUGUCCUAACCAAGUGGCAGCUGCUAAAGGCGAGAGGACCAGAGCCAUUGGAGGACUGGCAAUGGGAUAUCGUGCUGUUUAUGAGGCAAUAUAAUAAGGAGAAAAAACGAAGGCAACGACUAGCAAACAAAGACACAACUUCCAAGCCGGAAGCCGAGAGUAAACUGAAGAACAGACGGCGGCGUAGAAAGGAACUGCAACGGAAGUACUCGUAUGUGCCUUUAAAAAAGCCGAAAGUGCGCCCAAAGUUCUAUAAAGCCUACCAAAGGCAGAAGGAAUGGCUAAAGGCGGAACGGGACUUUAAAAGAGUUCAGUAUCUAACAUUCUAUAGACCACAAGUACUCUUCGACCCCAAGAUAAAGUUGUCGCAAAAGCAACUGCGUGCCAUGCAACGCAGAUUCUUCAAUGUGCCCCGUAGAAUACCGGUGCAACCCAAGUCCAUGCCGGAAACCAUUAAACCUGAACUGGACAUCAGUAGCGACACUUCGUCGUACCAUGGCGAAAAGGUCUCUGAUCCUGUUGAAGUGGCAGUGCCCCAACAGGAUGCGAAACCUGCCGGGCCCAUGGACAGGGGUCAGAGGUUGAAGAAUCUUCUCAUGGACGAAGUGCAGCAAAAUCGACAGAAGAGACUGAAACACCUGAUACUACCAGAGGAUCCUGUAGGAGCCAUCUACCUGCCCCUUUUCCAGCGACACAAGACAUCGCAAUACUAUAAAAAGCAACAGAAGCCAUCGCACAAGAAUCCCAAACCCGCCUCGGCUCCUUUGAAGAGCACAACUACCAGCUCCACUGCGUGGCAGAGCAAAACCACUUGGAUUCUACCCCAAACCAGAACGUCAGCCUCAUUUAGCACACUAUUCUACGAUGCCAAACACUCGCUGUCGGACUCGACCGAUUUCCUCUUCAGAAAUGACAGCUUGAAGGAGCCAGGCGAUCCAUUUGAUGAGCCAAUUGCAAGGGCUGCACCCGAGGAAAGAGUGGACUUCCGGCGGCUCAUCGACAUAGACUUCGUAUCGCGACACAUCCUGCAGCUGAUGGCGAACAUGAAGCCCAAGAAGAACAGUGAGCUGGUCGAAGUUCCGCCCCAGAUCACCCACUACAUGGAUCACUUCUACUGGACACAUCUGACGCACGAUGGUCUGUUCUUCCAUUGGUUCGUCAGCGAGGGCUUCUUUCCGGCUCACUAUCUCACCGAGGUGAAGACCGCCCAGGAGCUGCAGGACAUUCCGCAGGCCCAGCUGGACAGGGACAUAAUGCAGUAUAUAGAUGUGGUGAAUGACGUGAAUGCGAAGAGAAUCAAGUUAACCAGGCGCAUGGCGCACCUAAUGGUGACCUCCUACUUCCGAGCUCUGAGCCACAGGGCCCAGUCGGCAAAGUGCCCCAUCAAGGAUCGAUGUUUGCUCCGCUGUCGCUUCGCCAUCUCGAUGGUUGAGCUCUACCAGCAGGAGCGAGGUCGCCACAUACUGAGGAAUCGGGUCGACUGCUGGCGCCUCCUGAAGUGGGCCCUCAGGCACGAGGGGCGCGUCAAGCAGCUGUACGAUGAGCCACUGUUCUACGCCGAGGAGCGGGCCAGCAUCAAUUCCUGCCUGGUGAUGCGCACCCCGAACUUGGAGUCCUUCAGGGAGUUCUACCGGCGCCAGGUGCUGCCCAAGCCGGAUGCACUGGCCAUCAAUCCGGUGUUCAACAAAAUCAGGCGUUAUCCGAGCAAUCGCAAGGAUCCUUGUGCCACCUUUGUGUGUCCCAUUCCCGGUUGCCAAACGGGUCUGAACUCGAAGAUUCUAAUGGCGCACUUUCUGAGCGAUCACUGUCGCCGUUUGGAGGAACUUUGGCUCACGGACCGCAUGGUCCUGCUCUUCUAUGCGAGUUCCUAUCCGCCAAAUCAGGUGUACUGCAUCUGCGUGAUCGCCCUGCUGACCAGAAUGCCCAGCCAGACGGUGCCGAUACCCCAGAAUAUACUGAACGAGGAGCUACCCUCGAAAUAUCUAUACUUUGUUGAGCACGGCGCUUGUCUCCUCAUGUUCGCUCCGGUUUCGAGAUUCAUCAUCGAGGGAAAGGCGAAGUCAAGUAAUGUCGCGGAAAAAGGUUGUAAAAAGCUACCGGACACUGUGUUCAUCUUUUGGCUGGCCAUUGCCGAUUAUGAGCUCAAGGAUGUGGGCUGUCGACUGUUUGUGUACUGCCAGGAUCGCAGUGUCAAGAGUAACUCCCUAAUGACGUUUGUCAAAAUGUCCGAGUUCAAGGGGGUGACCCAUUUGGUGGCCACUCAGCCGGACAGCUAUCUGGCCAUCGACUAUGGCACAAUGGCAACGCUGACCAAGGACUUCAAGGAGCUGCUCUUCAUCGAGGUGCGAUACGUUAGCAAGUUGGUGGAAGAUGCCAGCAAUUCUGGUGAUGAGAAUUUCGAUGAUUACAGGGAGGACCUUUGAAAAAGGCAACUUGAGGCAUAAUUGCACACAAUCUGGAUUGCAUACUAGCAUAUACUUUGAAUAUAUUUUAUAUGCCUAAAUGGCAGAUUAUUUUAAAUAAAAACACUUGUGGUGGCGGGUAUAAAAUUGAAA